AUGGCAUUAUUUCUUUUAGAUCUUCUUGCCUUACCUUGCAACUCUUUUCUAUUGAUAAUGAAUAUAUGCAAUUCUAAAUUAUAAAGACAUUGCACUCCUCUAAAAUUAAGUAAAAUAAAUAGAUUUAAAUCAUUAUUAGUUUUUUUAUUUUUAAUUCAUGAUAAUUUAUAAAUACAAUUUGAUUAGUUUCUAAUUCAGGUUAAUACAUUCCUAAUGAAAAAAUAACAUAUUCUAAGUUAGUUUUCAUUAAUACAAUACAUAUUUGAUUGA